GCUACAAUGUUCCGUUUCAGUCCCGCCACGGGCAAAGGCGGUGACCUCACCUUGAGAAACAGAAGAGGAGUGCUCCGUAGACCAUCACCGAAUGCAAACGGCGAGCGGCGGGGGUGUUGAUGCAGGUUGAAUCACUUGCAUGCCGAGUUCGCGUCUUGUUGGUGAUGUCUGUGGGGAAGGUGAAUUUGGAGCUUGACAUUGACAGCGGCAGCGCGGUCGGCGGCAGUCAACUUCCUUGUGGCUGGAGCUAUGUCGACCUCUCCCGCAUCACCAGCCACAUCAAUUACCUAAGCAGCAAAGAUGAGGUGGUCUGCUGUGGCAGUUGAUCCAUUGCCCCGCCAUCGAAAUCAACCCCGCAGUCGGCCGUCCUUGGAAGACCGAGAAGAGAGAGAGGCACGCGUCCCUUAACUACUCGAUUCCUCCGCUUCACAUCCUUUUCGAGCGACCUUUUUACUGUCACAAACGGCCCUUUCAGAUCGUGAUGGCCGACAAUGACAAGUCAGAAACCUCUGGUGAGCCUCAAGGCCGCCAUGUAACCUACUGCGGUGUCUGCACUCUUCCUCCAGAGUACUGCGAGUAUGGAGGCACCGUAAAGAAGUGCCAGGACUGGCUAGAAAAGAAGCAUCCCGACCUUUUUGCGAGAAUCUGGUCAGCAGAGGCCCUUGAACAAGCGACCGCAUCCCUUUCAGUAGACGCCCAGAAGCGAGCCGCCAAAGACGCACAGAAGAAGGCUGCCAAGGCCGAAGCUGCGGAGGCCAAGCAAGCCGACAAGUUGGCCAACAGUAUGGUCACUAUCAAGCGGAUCGAGCGCAACAAAAGAAAGUACGUCACGUCAGUCUCUGGCCUCGAGUCAUUCGGUCUCGAGAAUAAGAAGGUUGCCAAGGAGUUUGGAAAGAAGUUUGCGACUGGCUCGUCCGUCACCAAGACCCCAAGCGGUAGCGAGGAGAUUGUCGUUCAAGGAGACGUCAGCGACGAGAUUGAGGAGUUUUUGUUGGAAAAGUAUAAGGAGAUACCCGAGGAUAACAUUGAGUUGGUCGAGGACAAGAAGAAAAAGGCUGCCCCGACAGCUUGA